UUUUUUUAACGACUUAAAUGUGUUCAUCACGGAGCGUAGACGCUAAUGCCUCGGUACCGGGAAAUUUCCCAGCUAUCCCGAGCACCUAUAAAAGCCUCCCACGACUUUUAGUAUAUCACUUGUAUCUGACGGACUACGGGAAGAUGCAUCAUAAUGUGUUGGAGAUAGUUGUGUUGGUGAUGAUGGUGGUGAAGGUGGUGGUAAGUGAGCCCUGUUCCACCUGCUACCAGCACCAUCACCGCCGCCAUGGUGGUCUCGCUGUGGUCGGUGCUCUCGUCUUCGCUGGGGAGUACGAGCUAGGUCGCCACAACCACAACCACCACGACCGCGGGGAAGACUGUUAUGACUGCGGCUGUGGUGGCUGUGGAGACUCCUGUGGUUGGUGUGGUGGCAACUACGGUCGCAGGAGACGCAGGAGCAUCGAAGGAUUCCUUGAGGACGCAGCCAUAAAAGAAACUUACAGCAAGAUCGCUGUGGAGGAUAAGGAUCAGUGUGGGUUGCGUCUAGUGUGUGAGUUGGCCCAGAAAGAUCCCAGAGACCUUGCCUACGACGAGAUCCAAAUUCUUACUCCUUACCGGGGUGCUGGGGAGAGUGAUGGCACCACCUAUGGUAACUAUGAUGAGGCAGCCUGGCACGGACAGAAGGGAGACAACUGCCCCACAACCUACCCACUGUGUGCCUUCACUUCUGACCAGGUCAUGGCAGAGUAUCGCAAGUACGCUAAGCAACACCCACAAGACCAGUAAUCUCUUCUUACCACUCCAACUAAGGCUCGACAAUUUAACCAACUAACUACAUUUAAAUUUUAAGAUUAACAAUCGAUACUUUUACCAUCUUUACUUAGAGAUCUGAGAAUGAACUUUUACCUUAUAAAUGUGACACUAUAAGCGAACGGAAAUUUGGAAUUAAAAAAAAAAGUUAUUACAACCCCAACGGGUUUUGUUUUAGGUUUAACUCUCGUUAAGUACACGGCGUUCAUUAAGACACCAACCCACCUACAUAGUCCAGGAUACUUUAUUCUCCAAAAUGAGGAUCAAUUUAAACUCAAGUGCAUAUAGACAGAUACAUACUUCUAUAUGGAAACAGUUUAUUAGUUAGCAGUAAUAAGCAACCAACAUAAACACUAAACUACUAAACUUUAAUUCCUAAAAUAGGAUUAGCACAAACUCGAAUCUAUUCACUGAUACCUUUGGGUAUGCCGUGUGAAUAAAAAAAAAAGUACACGGAUAGUGAGUACAAAUGUACUUGUUCAACUUUUAAGUGAUAUUAUUACUAUUCAUACUCUGCGUGUUUUCCCAGAAUCCCAAUUCUUUACUUUGUUGCAAUGUUUUAGUCAAAUAAACACCAUACUAUGAGCA